AGUCACGUGCCAAUCAAAGAUGGCUGCGCCCAGGCAAGUUGAGUGACGAUUGCAGAGAGCUUUGGGGGCUGAGGAAGCCUAGAGAAAGUACUGACUUGUGAGAGGAGAGCGUAAGGCACGGACCUUCUGGGGAAAGAGUGCAAGGAAAAAGCUUGCUGACUUCUGCUGUAGUAUAUACCUAGAAGUGAAAUUGUUGGACUCAAGAUGGAAAAUCAUGAACCAGUUGAUACUGUCAAGGAAAAACAAAUUUUUGAUAUCAUAACCAGAAAAAUCAAUCAACUUCCAGAAGCAGAAAGGAAUCUACUUGAAUAUGGAUCAACAUAUAUUGGACUUAAUGCUGCUAUCUGUGGCCUAAUAGCAAACAGUCUUUUUCGGCGCGUCCUAAAUGUGACACAGGCUCGUAUAGCUGCUGGUUUACCAAUGGCAGUGAUCCCAUUUUUGACAGCAGAAGUAUCUUAUAAGAGUUUUAUAAGUUUACCAUUGAAUACAGGUGAUUUGAAUUGUGAAACCUGCACCAUAACACGAGGUGGACUGGUGGGACUUGUUUUUGGUGGUCUGUACCCUGUUUUCUUGGCUAUACCUGUGAAUGGUGGCCUAGCUGCCAGGUAUGCCUCAGCCCUGCUACCGGAGAAAGGAAACAUCUUAACCUACUGGAUCAGAAUUUCUAAGCCAGUCUUUAGAAGGAUGUUAUUUCCUAUUUUGCUCCAGACUGGAUUUGCAGCAUACCUUGGUUCUAGACAAUAUAAACUACUUAUAAAGGCUCUUCAGUUACCUGAACCUGGCCUAGAAAUUCAGUGAUUGUUAAGCAAAUGUGUACACAAAAAUAAAAUGUAGAAAUAACCUACUAUAUAAACAUGGAUUUGUAAUUUAUCAUAUGAUGUACAACUCUUUGAGACCUACAAAAGGCUACAUAAGGCAACCAAAGGCUGAAUAUCACUAAAGACUAUCCACUUAAA